ACCAAUAGAAGAAUCAUGAAGACUUGAAAUGACGAAAAUGCCCACGAUAUCGUCAUCAUCCUCCUAUAUUAAUAAACACCAUUUCUCUCCUUUGUCAUCAACCUCCAUGUCCGAUAUAUAUCUAGCAGAGAAGCAACUCAAAGUUUUAAUUUUCUAGUAGACUAGUUUUUUUUUUCUCGUGGAUCAUUAUCUAAGAAGAGAGGAAAUGUUGGGAAUUUUUAGCGGAGCUAUAGUAUCAUUGCCGGAAGAGCUGGUGGCCGCCGGCAGCAGAACUCCGUCGCCGAAGACAACCGGAGCGGCUCUAGUUAACAAGUUUGUCGAGAAAAACCCAUCCGCUGUGACCGUACAAGUCGGAGACUAUGUGCAGCUUGCGUACACCCACCACAAAGAGAGUCCUCUCCGGCCAAGGUCAUUUGGGGCUAAGGAUGAGAUAUUCUGCUUGUUCCAAGGCUCACUUGACAACCUAGGAAGCUUGAAGCAGCAAUACGGGCUUGCUAAGAAUGCAAAUGAGGUUCUUUUGGUCAUUGAGGCUUACAAGACUCUCCGUGACAGAGCUCCAUACCCUGCCAACCAUGUAGUGGCUCACCUAAGUGGCGACUUCGCCUUUGUGGUCUUCGAUAAAUCAACAUCCACUCUGUUUGUAGCUUCUGACCAAGAAGGUAAGGUUCCAUUGUAUUGGGGGAUAACAGCUGAUGGGUAUGUGGCAUUUGCUGAUGAUGUUGAGUUGCUAAAAGGUGCUUGUGGCAAGUCUCUUGCUUCUUUCCCUCAAGGCUGCUUUUACUCGACUGCUUUAGGUGGGCUAAGGAGCUUUGAGAACCCUAAGAACAAGAUCACUGCCAUUCCUGCUAAAGAGGAAGAAAUUUGGGGAGCCACCUUCAAGGUGGAAGGAGCAACAGUUCUUGCAGAUUGAAAAUCGAAACUCUUCAACAGCAAAAAAAUAAAAUAAAUCGUGCUGUGAAAACAAGAAGCUGUUCUAUGAGUUCUUUAAGCUAUCAACCAAAACAAGAAGCUGUUCUAUGAGUUCUUUAAGCUAUGUGAUGAUGUGAUGAUGUGUGUAGUGUAGUGUUAUAUCUCUCUCUUGUCUUUUGCUUCUUUGUAUAGCCAGCGUCUGUUUCUUCCUGUUUUAACUGUAUUCGUCCUAAAUAAGCCAUCUCUCUAAAAUCCAAAAACCACCUUCUCUUGA